UGACCUCAGAGAUAUGCAUAAUUCAUUAUUGAUAGGUUGGUGGGGAAGAUUAGUUGCACCGAAAUAAUCACAUAAAUUGUACUAGAAUUAUGUCAAUAAUCAUCGAAAUUAGGUAGAUGAUACGGUACAAACAUGGCAGACGACAUCGACGAUCUGCUAGACGAAGUGGAGACCAAAUUUUGCACAAAAACCCCAGUGAAAAAGGACAGUUCCAGUCGUCGCCAAGAAGAGAAAAAUCCUGUCGGCUCCAAAUCAAAGAAACCAGCUGGCCAGGAAUCAAAGCCCGCCCUCUCAAAGAAAAGUGCCAAGAAGCUAUCAGGCGAAGACGAUGACUUGAAUUCCAUGAUAGAUGACAUCAUAGAUGGCCCAGAACCACCGAAAUCACUCCAAAGACAGAACAGUCAGUCAAGUUACACAACUCCUUCAAGAACAGCAAGCAUAUCGCAGCGAAGGUGCAACCCAGUGUACCUCGGAGGCAGUGCAGAUCCUAUGGGAUUGAGCUCAGCUGUAUCACAGAGGAUGUGUGAUCAGUUGCGGUGUACAUCUUGCGAUUUCAAGAUCGUAGCUUUCGACAAUUACGAGUGGGACUCUACCUGCGAUUAUCUCUUCUUCAGGAAUAACGUUCCCGACUUCAAGAAACUGAGCGCCAAGUUAAAAAAGCGGAGAGGUAGUCGAGCAUAUGCGUGCCAGUGUAUGUGGCGGUCAGUCAAGACUGUCUCCAAGGUUGAACAGGACCUGCAACUGAAGUGGGUGUGUGGCAAGCACGCAUUGUGACACGUUGCUGAAGAUCUGUGCACUACAUGUUGGUAUGGACUCAUCGCAUGAGUACCCCCUCAUUAGGCUACAGUGAGAGAGCCAGGUGGGCACCUGAACGCAUUGCUGCCACAUGCCCGGUGCUCACGUGAAGACAAUUAGGAUUUGUGCACAGUUCGUGCAUACGCUCAAGAACCAGUGUUUGCACGCAUUAUGCCCCUCCUAUGGAGCUCAACCCAGUACUCGCCAAGAGCCAUCGACUGUUCAUCUACUGUGAGAAUGACUUGUGUGGAACUUACACGUGCCGAACAGUGAGAGUCUUUGAAUUUCCCAAGCUGAUGCUCCACCAGUUGCCCGUCCACCCAAUGUUGACACGUAAUUAUAGUCAGGGUUUCAAAAAUGGCUUUGUCUUGUAAGAACUUCCCCUGUCGUGGAGUUUGAGAAUUAUUGUAUGUGCAUAGAUCACUAGAGUGCGUUGAACUAUAUACAAUGUAUGUAGGGUAUUUUAAGUUUCAUAGACAAAAAGUACUGUUAGAUAAACAGGUAGACUACAGAUUGUAUCUUUUUAUACAACGCCUGAAUAAAUCCCCGUCGUCUGAUUGGUGGGUCGUUGAUCACAUGUCAUUGACUUAUUUGUCCCAACCCACAGCCCGGCCGCACCGCAAAAAUAGAAGUUCCAUUCCACUGUAAAUAGAAGUUCUAUUGCACGGUCACAUGAUUGGUGGCUCUGACCAAUCAGAUGACG